UCGGAUUCCUCCUAGAGCCUUUGGAGGGAGCUUGGCCCUGCCAACACCGUGAUUCUGCCCUCCAGAACCAUGAAAGCAAGUAUUUCUGUUGUCGGAAGCCAACCAAUUUACUGUCGUUUGUUACAGGAGCUAGAGAAAACUAACGCAAGAACCGCAGUCAGAUUCCCAGGGUCAUCGUCACCAUCAAAUAGACAAGCAGCAAGGGCCGACCGCAGAGCACACGGAACUCCGCUCCACUCUGUGAUAACCUGCCCAGAAAAGGAUCGGAGAAAGAGUGAGCACACGCAUGCGCACAGCUGAAUCGCUCUGGUACCCGAAACCAACACGUUUAUUGGAAGAACAACUAACAGCUACUGAUGAAGAAGACAUCACUGAGAGAAUCCUGGAGCCUGGUGUUGAGGCUGAAGAGCCCCAUGCAUGCAGAGACCAAGAAAGACUGCACUGGAAGACAAGGAAACUGGUUCAACUUGACCGCGCCGCCCUCCCCCAAGAGAGGUCUCCCCGAGUCUGUGCUCCUCCAGUGGGAAACCGGGGCCCAGCAAGGACCAGCAGCCACACGGGAAGGUGGGUCACCUGGCAGAACCCCUGCUUCUGUUCCGACCUCCCCUCCGCACCCCCGGGACUGCAGAGGCAUCUGCAAGGCCCAGCCACUGGACACCUGAUCGGAGAGACGGGGAGAGGGCUCGUGCCGGCCACCACCGCUCAAGCAGUAUCCCCAUGGGAGGCCUCGCUUUUCUGCAGAUCACAGUGGGUAACUGCCCAAGGACGUCACCAACAGGCACAGCAAGACCCCCAGUCUGAGCCAAGGGCUGAAGGAAGGUCUCUGCCAAAGCAGACCUGUGACAUCUGGAAGAGUCUGAUCACUCAAAUGAGCAGACACAAGGAAAGGAAUCAUGGGUAAUGAAAAAUCAGGUAAAUACAA